CAUGUGGAACCCCGUCGACGAAACCGGCCGCUCCUCGGCCCCGCCGGCGAGCCCACCAUGCAAACCCACCUGUGCCUCCUCCCCAACCAGUUCCGCACCUACGUCGGCUACGUAUUCUGCUGCCUCGUCUCCCUCUCCCUCAUCGGCAUCCGCGCCUUCUUCGUCUCCUUCCUCGAGCUCCCUGCUUUCGCCCACUCCCUGAAUCCCGCCGCCCCCGGCGCCGGCGGACCCGGAUUCGCCUCCCACUCGUCUUCCGGGACAGCCUCCUACCUGCCCCUUUACAAGACCAAGGAGAAGAGCGACGAUGACGACCCCCACCACCACUCCAACCACCGCAACGGCAACGCCUACCCUAGUCGCCGGUACCUCGUCCUCCUGGAAGUCGAAGCGCAAGGGUGCCGGCCAGCCCAACCCUUCCGCCGCGUCUUCGACCCGCUGGGGCUGGGGCGGCACCGGGGGCCCAAGCAGCUCCGCAUCCGCAUCGACGACGAUUUUUACGACGGAGGCAAGUCCCGCAGCCUCUGGCGCGCCGCGUCGGGUCGUCGGCGGACCAUUGAGCCCAAGGUCGUGCUCGUCGAGUUUGCGGCCAUGGCGUGGAGGGUGGGAUGGGUGGCUGUCCUCUUGUGGGUGGUGCUCAACCGGAGGGGUUGA